UGUCAUUACUCUGGUUUAUCCUCGGCGCUGCAUACACACACUAGCAAGUACCCGAAAAAAAAGACACUCCAGGUUUGGAUCGAUCGAUAGAUAGGUAGAUAGUUUGAAGUGACCGUCAGCCAUGCCAGGACCCGUUGUCGAAGAUGUAAACCACAAGAAGCUUCUUAACGAUGAGGCCGUGGUUGAGGACGUUAAAGAAGAAGAUGAGCAUAACGACGACGACGACCCUGAAGACUCUGACGACGACGACGACAAGGAAGAUGGUGCCCAAGGGGCAAAUGAGAGUUCAAAGCAGAGCAGGAGUGAAAAGAAAAGUCGGAAGGCAAUGCUGAAGCUGGGCAUGAAAUCUGUUACAGGUGUUAGCAGGGUUACCAUUAAGAGAACCAAAAAUAUUUUAUUUUUUAUCUCGAAACCUGAUGUCUUCAAAAGUCCGAAUUCUGAGACCUAUGUCAUUUUUGGAGAAGCAAAGAUUGAGGACUUGAGCUCUCAGCUGCAGACAAAGGCUGCCCAACAGUUCAGGAUGCCAGACUUGGGGUCUGUGAUGGCAAAGUCAGAUAUUUCUGCUGCAGCUGCUGGAGCACAGGCAGAUGAGGAAGAGGAAGAGAUUGAUGAGGCUGGGGUUGAGCCUCGUGACGUUGAUUUGGUGAUGACACAGGCAGGGGUAUCAAGGAGCAAAGCUGUCAAGGCUCUCAAGACACGCAAUGGAGACAUAGUCAGUGCUAUCAUGGAGCUUACUACCUAGACACUUGAGUUGGCCAAAUGGAAAGUGGAAGAAAGAAUUUGACUCCCCCAGGUUAGCUUUGAUUUGUGAAGUGAAGAAAGAUCAAGGUGGUUCUAAAAUUCAGUUGAAAUCAGUUAGAAGUCCAAGGUUAUUUGUCUGUUUGAUAGGCUUACAAAUAUUUAUAUGGCGAAAGAAGAAAGGAAAAAGAGUUCGGCAAUUCAUUAUUCAAAAACAGUGAUGUCUCUGCUUAAUCAUUUUCUGUUAUAUUAGGUGAUUUCUUAGAAUAAUACUUGGUAGCUCGAAAAUCAUUGGCCUAAAUUGGCUCAAAUAUCCAAAACAACGUUGUUUUGGGCAUUUUUUUUUCCCCUUUUCUUUUCUUUUAUUUCCCUUCCCUCUCUGAAACAGAGAAGAAAGAGAGAAGAUGCGAGAAAGAGAGGGAAGGAGAAAAGAUGGUGAGGAGGGAGAGGAAGAGAAGAAGGAGACGGUGAUGGCGGCGCCGGUCGGCCGGUUG